AUGACAGUCCGCCAGUAUGCGGCCUUCCAGGUAACAUGUUGCCGUUUUCAUUUCGACAUUCGCAGUUAUGAUAGAAAUCACGGUGUAGUUUCGAGACUUCUGCAAGCCCGUCGAGGAGUUUCUAUGUGUGGAAUCUUUGCCUAUAUUGGGAACAGGGAGGCAGCUUCGCUGUUGAUAACUGCGCUGAAGCGCCUGGAAUAUCGUGGGUAUGACUCCGCCGGCAUCGGCAUCCAUGGCGUGCCGCUGAAGGUCCGUAAGAAAGCUGGGAAGGUGUCCAACUUGGAGGAGGAUGUUGCACAUGCCGGCACCCAGGUUUCUGGAACGCUGGGCAUUGCGCACACCAGAUGGGCAACUCACGGCAAGCCUACGGAUUGCAACGCGCACCCCCAAACGACCGCAGAGUCGAGCAUUGCCGUGGUGCACAACGGUGUCAUCGAGAACUAUGCCGCGCUGAAAGAGCAGCUCUCCAGCAAAGGCUACAAGUUCGUGAGUCAAACGGACACCGAGUUGCUGGCUCACCUUGUGCAGGACCUAAAGAAGCAGAUGGAGGGGGCAACGUACACGGAGGUCGUCGCUACGGCUCUCCGGCUCUGUGAGGGAGCUUAUGGCGUGGCCUUCAUCUUCGAGGACGAGCCAGAUUUGAUCAUCGGCGCAAGGAAGGGCUCGCCAUUGAUUCUUGGAGUUGGGCACGGAGAACACAUGCUUGCCAGUGACGCUUCCGCGAUUAUCGAGCAUACUAAGGACGUCGUGUACUUGCGCGAGGGUGAGCUUGUGGAAAUCAGGAGAUCCGGCUUCAAGGUGUCCGAGCUGCAAAAGAUCGUCUCUGGCUUGGGCAAAAACUCUUGGAGUCCUCGCAAGGAUGGAGAGAACCCGAUUGUGAGACUUGAGCUGUCGCUGGAACAAAUCGAGAAGGGUGGUUUCAAACACUUCAUGCUCAAAGAAAUUAUGGACCAGCCCAAUGCCAUGCGCAAUGCUCUGCGCGGGCGGAUUUACCAGCCGGUGGACAUGCCGGAGAAAUGGGAAAUCAAAUUGGGGGGCCUGGAGAAGGCAAAAGAGGGCAUGUCUUCCGAUGGCACCAGCCCGCUGGAAAGGAUGGCGAACUCCAGCAGACUUAUCUUCGCCGCUUGUGGAACUUCCUGGCAUUCUUCGCUGAUUGCCAAGUACGCUUUUGAGAAGCUGGCCGGAGUGACAGCCGAAGUGGAGUAUGCCAGUGAGUUCAGAUACCGCAAGCCACUGAUCUGCAAGUCGGACUGUCUGAUUGCCAUCUCACAAAGUGGUGAGACGGCGGACACCCUGGAGGCUAUCAAGAUGGCGAAGCAUUAUCAGGCCCUCACCAUCGGAGUUGUCAAUGUUGUCGGCUCCAGCAUUGCCCGUGAGACAGAUGCUGGCAUGUACCUGCAUGCUGGGCCUGAGAUUGGCGUCGCCUCAACCAAGGCUUUCACAUGCCAGGUUGUUGCCCUUCUUUUGAUGGCACUUCGUUUGGGAAAGCAGCGAGGGGUGUUGUCGGAGACAAUGCUGAACAGCUACUGUGCUGCCUUGAACUCUGUGCCGGAUAGUAUAGAAAGAUGGUUGUCAGCGCUGACCGACCAGACUAGGGUUGUUUCCAAGUAUUUUCGUCUAGCCACGAAUGCGAUCUUCAGUGGAAUGGGCAUCCAUUAUCCAGUCGCUCUGGAAGGUGCCUUGAAACUGAAGGAGAUAUCUUAUAUCCAUGCCGAGGGCUUUCCUGCCUCAGAGAUCAGGCAUGGGAGCAUCACUUUGGUCAGAAACUUUGUGCCUGUGAUCUGUGUAGCGAUGAGGUCUGAUCCUGCUUACGACGACAUGAAGCAGAUGGUCAUGGACUUUAGGGCCAAAGACGCCGCUGUUGUUGUUCUCACAGACGAUGGGAAUACCGACUUCAGCAGCAUUGCUCACUUUACCUUGCACUGCCCCGACACAAAGCUCGAGCUGCAGCCUCUGAUGUGCUGCAUCCCGCUGCAGCUCCUGUCGUACUACAUCGCAGACAUGAGAGGUUGCUCAAUCGACCAACCUCGCAAUCUGGCCAAGAGUGUAACUGUUGAGUGA